UCCAGUACUCAAUACCUCCCUAGUACCUACCUAGUCCUCAUCCACUUGAUAAAAUCCCGGCCCGUACCUUUUUUUCUUUGAUUGGUAUUUGCUUGGCUGAUUUGACAUUUUGAUAUCCUUGACCUGGGUACAUAACCACACCAGCACUGGUAUGAACACCAGGACUGGUAUGAGCCGGAUGACAAUGUUGAAACCCUUAAUACUUAAUAAAGCGAAUAAAGCUAAAAGCGCUGAACUACUCCGUAUGAAACCUUCCAAAGCCCAGUACAUUGAAUGGUUCCUGGUUCAUGCUACGGAUAUCAAGCUUUUUUUCAGGGUGGAUUUUUAUGGAGUACCUACCUAGGUACCUCUAGUAGUAGUUCAGGUCGUAUCUACUAGGUAGGGACCUGGCUAUUAUCAACCAUUUCAUCUGAUACACCAAUACCUACAAAGUAGCUACUAGGUACCUCCAGCUAGCUAUUAUUUCAAUUGCGCCUCAAGCCUCAAAUCUCAAACCUCAACCUCAACCUCAAACUGCAAACAAUUUAACAACACCACAACACCACAUCACCAUCAUCACAUCACAUCACAUCACAUCACACCACACCACACCACAAAAUACAUCGCCACAAUACAUACACAUACACAUACACAUACACAUCACACACACAAAAAACCAAGCCCCUUUAUCCAAAAUCAUGACUUCACAAUCAAUCCUUCAACCCGAACAAAAGGUUCGUUCCUGGGGCUUCUCAACCGUAUACACGUGGUCCGAUGGCCCAAACACCCACUACACGCCCCAUUCCCACAACACCCUGACCACCCAUCUUGUUACCGCAGGACAAUUGACCAUCACCUAUCCGCGCGAAAAGGAUGCGCCAAAACUGACCUAUGGCGUGGGUGAGCGAAUUGAUGUGGAGAAGGGGAGGGUUCAUGAAGUGUGGAUGGGAGAUGAGGGGUGUACAUAUGUGAUUGGAGAGUAAAUGGAUGAAAGAGAUGUUUGAGUUUAUAAGGAAAUUUGUAGAUGGAUAAAUGAUGAUGUAUGGAGUAUUUGGGUUUGCAUGUACCUGGGUAUUUAUCUAAUCUAGGUUACAAAUGAACAAAUAAAUAAAUGAAUAAUUAAUAUG